CUCUUUCGAGAGUUGUGGCUCACACUUUGUUGUCAAGAAUUAUACUGCGAGCCAUGCAUAGAACUGCAAGUUUCCUUUUGUUUCCUUGUUACAGGAAGGGUUGGUCAAAAACUUCGGUUAUUCCUACAAGGGCACCUACUGUAACUUGCGUAAUAGAAGACGAUACACUAACCGAUCAUUCUGAAGAACUUCGGUUAUCCCAUAAGCUCUUUCGAGAGUUGUGGUUCAUGACCG